CGAUGAUGCUUUUGUAACAUCUUUGCUUUGAAAGAAUAUGAACUGGCAGUCAUGUUCUCAUGGGAAUCUGGGCGGGGGAAGGUCAGCGGUGCUCUGAGACUGUAAUUGCUGCGAAAGAAGCUAAAGAUCUAGCCAGGCCUGUUCCCACUACUGUAGUCAAACUGGGAACAGGCACGGCUAUUUCUUAUUAAGAAGUAAACCUUCAGCUCCUGCUCCAAAUGCUGGCCUUGGAGGCGUGUCGGUUUGUGAACAUCAGUUCUUACACUCUGGCUGUAAAGAAUUAAUGCAAGACGGAUAUUUGUCUGUCUGGUGUUAGAUUAAACUGCAUAGCUCUGCAGGGAGACUGAUAACGAUUCAUGCUGUUCUUUAUGGCCGGGUAAAUACAUGCCCCUUAAAAUAUGAUGUAAAGUAGACGAGAUGCUUCGGGCACUGUGGUUAAGAUUCAUGGAUGCGGCUGAAUGCAGUUUGGGGAUGGUUUUUCAUCCUUGAAGACUGCUCUGUGUUUCAUAUUUGACAGCAUGGCCAAGGGCUUAUCAACGUAAGCUAAAGCUAGCCCUGAUAGGUCAGAGUAUUUUUGGUCAAGAAGUCUAUAGACACCUGCAGAAAGAGGGCCAUAAAGUCGUGGGAGUGUUCACCAUUCCAGACGUGAAUGGGAAAGCUGACCCUUUGGUUAUUCAUGAAUAUGGUUUUCUUCUUCAUUUGUAACUAUAGAGAUGGAAGAUUACACAGUGGGCCUCAGAAAAUAUAUUUUAGGGGAGUUGUCUGUGAUCAUUUGAACCAGAUAGCAAGAUACCACUGACUGCAAUGAAUCUUAGCACUGGCAGCAGAGAAAGAUGGCACCCCUGUUUUUAAGUUCCCCAGAUGGAGAGUUAAGGGCAAGCCUAACCGGGAAGUAGUUGAAGCCUACAAAUCAGUUGGAGCAGAUCUAAAUGUACUUCCAUUCUGUACACAGUUCAUCCCUAUGGAUGUUAUUGACAGUCCUAAGCAUGGAUCAAUUAUCUACCAUCCAUCCAUCCUUCCCCGCCACAGAGGAGCUUCAGCUAUCAAUUGGACUUUAAUUCAAGGAGAUAAAAAAGCAGGGUUUACUAUUUUCUGGGCUGAUGAUGGUCUGGAUACUGGACCAAUUCUUCUGCAACGGGAAUGUGAUGUAGGACGGAACGAUACCGUGGAUGACUUAUAUAAUAAUUUUCUUUUCCCAGAAGGCAUAAAAGCUAUGGUAGAAGCUGUCCAGCUAAUUGCUGAUGGUAAAGCUCCUCAGAUGCCUCAGCCUGAAGAAGGGGCAACAUAUGAAGGGAUCCAGAAGAAAGAAAAUGCAGAGAUUUCUUGGGACAAGCCUGCAGAAGCUUUGCAUAACUGGAUCCGAGGGCAUGAUAAAGUACCUGGAGCUUGGACAGUGAUUGAUGGCCAGAUGGUUACUUUCUAUGGAUCAUCAUUACUUGAUGGGCCAGUGCCUCCUGGACAACCGUUGGCAAUAAAAGGCACCACAAAAUCUGGGCUUAUAACCAAAAAUGGCCUAGUUCUUUUUGGUAAUGAUGGAAAGAUGUUGUUGGUGAGAAAUCUACAAUUUGAAGAUGGAAAAAUGAUCCCUGCAUCUAAAUACUUUUCAUCUGAUGAGAUGUCUGUCAUAGAACUUACAGAAGAGGAGAAAAAGAUGGCGGAAGAUAUCAAGUCCAUUUGGAAGGGAAUUUUGAGCAAUGUUGCUCUAAUUGAGGAUUCUACAGACUUCUUCAAAUCUGGAGCAUCCUCGAUGCAUGUUGUCAGAAUGAUUGAAGAGAUCAAACAAAAAUAUGGUGGACUUCAGCUGCAAAAUGAAGAUGUGUAUAUGGCCACUAAGUUUGCAGACUUUAUUCAGAUGGCUGUGAGGAAACUGAGGGGAGAGGACGAAGAAGAAGAAUUAGUCAUAGAUUAUGUUUCAAAAAAUGUUAACAAUAUGAAUGUGAAGAUGCCUUACCAGUGUUUUAUAAAUGGACAGUUUAUGAAUGCUGAAGAGGGAAAAACAUAUGACACUAUAAACCCAACAGAUGGAUCAAUAAUAGCAAAGGUGUCUUAUGCUUCAGUGACUGAUGUUGACAAGGCAGUAGCAGCAGCAAAAGAUGCAUUUGAAAAUGGUGAAUGGGCAAGAAUGAAUGCAAGGGAAAGAGGGAGAUUAAUGUACAGACUUGCUGACCUGAUGGAAGAACACCAAGAGGAAUUAGCAACAAUUGAGGCCAUUGACUCAGGAGCUGUCUACACUUUAGCUUUGAAGACCCAUGUAGGAAUGUCUGUGCAAACAUUCAGAUACUUUGCUGGAUGGUGUGACAAAAUUCAGGGGUCUACAAUCCCGAUUAGCCAAGCACGCCCAAACCAUAACCUAACAUUCACUAAGAAGGAACCCAUAGGAGUCUGUGCAAUUGUUAUCCCCUGGAAUUACCCACUGAUGAUGCUUGCAUGGAAGAGCGCAGCAUGCUUGGCUGCAGGCAACACGUUAGUUCUCAAACCAGCACAGGUGACUCCUUUGACUGCCUUAAAGUUUGCAGAGCUCUCAGCUAAAGCAGGAUUUCCCAAAGGCGUUAUAAAUAUUCUGCCUGGUUCAGGUGGUUUAGUGGGACAGCACUUGUCUGAGCACCCAGAUAUCCGCAAACUUGGAUUUACUGGUUCAACUCUUAUUGGUAAACAGAUCAUGAAGAGCUGUGCAGUCAGUAAUCUGAAGAAAGUCUCCCUUGAACUUGGUGGUAAAUCCCCACUGAUCAUUUUUGAGGACUGUGAACUUGACAAAGCUGUGAGAAUGGGCAUGGGAGCAGUAUACUUCAACAAGGGAGAAAACUGCAUUGCAGCUGGCAGACUGUUUGUGGAAGAAUCAGUUCAUGAUGAAUUUGUUAGGAGAGUGGUGGAAGAAAUCAAAAAGAUGAAAAUUGGUGACCCACUCGAUAGAGCAACAGAUCACGGUCCACAGAAUCACAAGGCUCAUCUGGAAAAGCUGCUGGAAUAUUGUGAAAUUGGAGUGAAAGAAGGAGCGACAUUAGUGUACGGAGGAAGACAAGUAUGUAGACCAGGUUUCUUCAUGGAACCCACUGUAUUUACAGAUGUUGAAGACCAUAUGUACCUUGCCCAGGAAGAAUCCUUUGGUCCUAUUAUGGUAAUUUCAAAGUUUAAGAAUGGGGAUGUCGAUGGAGUGUUAAAACGUGCAAACAACACAGAAUAUGGCUUAGCUUCAGGGGUUUUCACAAGAGACCUAAGCAAAGCUCUGUACGUUAGUGAAAAUCUAGAAGCAGGAACAGUUUUCAUUAACACAUAUAACAAAACUGAUGUGGCAGCACCAUUUGGUGGAUUCAAACAAUCUGGCUUUGGAAAAGAUUUAGGUGAAGAAGCUCUUCAUGAGUACCUCAGAACUAAAGCUGUAACUGUGGAGUAUUAAAGAAACAGCUCAGCUUGACUGCCAAAGCAAACCCCUUGCUGACAGCCUCAAUUUUAAGUAUUCUGUUAAGCACUUAAUACAAUGCCCAGGAUAUAUUCUCUGAAGUAGUACCACUAACAAAAAGCAAAUCGUAUUUAUCCAUGGAAAAUUGUAAGGACCAAAUUCUAGCCCCACUAAAGUCACAAGGAGUUUGGCAACUUACUUUAGUAGAACUAAAAUUUGGUCUUUAGUUAUCUAAAUGUUCACAUACCUAAACCUUCCGAGUUGUUCUUAACUCGGACAAUGGGAGAUUGCUUAUGUAAGACUGAAGGAUUGGGCCCAUGAUGUGCCUAAAUUUUUUAUUAUGAGAUGUAUUUUACACAAUCAUUUUAAACCUUUUAACAUACAGUUAGUCAUUAAGCUUCUCUUAAAAUGUACUUUAAAAUGCAUAUUAUACAGUUGUUAUAAAACAGUUCAAGUUUUUCAACAAAAGUAUACAGCUCUGACUUUUCAGCAGUAAAGGAAACCUUAGUGCCAUAAAAUGGAAAUAAAUUCAAAAAAGUGCACUUACUAUGAUCUUUGUUAAACUAUGAAUAUUGAGCUGAAGUUAUUGAAAAUAUAUUCUAUCUUUUUGCGAAUGUGGAAUGUGCAAUUUGUAUGGGAUUGUGAAUGGUGGUUAUAUUAAUAGAUUUAAACCAGCUGUGUCUGUG